AUGUAUAAACUGAAUAUCUACCUCAAUGAUGAUGUUCAGUCCUCAACUGACAGCAUAGCACAUUCACACUAUGCACCGACACCGCCUCAAUCAAACUCACCACAACAACAACAACAUCAUCAUCAUCAAACCAAAACGGCACCAUCAUCACCAAAGAAGAAAUCUAAGCAGCAUUUGAAACAUCACAGAAUCAAUAACUUCUACUCAUCCUCGCAGGUUAAUCCCAAUUAUUCAUCAACAAAUUUGUCCAAGAUACAGCAUCAUAAUCAACUUGGGUCGCCCACGUUUUAUUCUGGAUUCAACGAUUCAACCACUUCCAUCAAUUCUGGCCAGUACCAGUUGGGCACACCGCCAUUAUUAGGUUCACAUGCUUCAUCUUACACUUCACUUAAAAGCAUGCUACCAAUGACACCACCAGCAUCGGAAACAACCUCACCAGAACCAAAAUAUUUUGAUAUAAAACAACGACUGGCAGCAAAUGGUAGGAAUGUUAGUCUGUGGUUGGGGAAAAUUAAGGCAUUAGUCCCACCAGUCAAUUACACCAUUUGUUCAUUAUGUUUUAUUUGGUAUUUUUUCUCCAUCAUUUCGUCAAACUCAAUCAAGUUGAUUUUAACAAAAUACAAGUACCCUGUCACAGUUACUCAGCUACAAUUUCUCAUGAACGCCGGUUCUAGUUUGCUUUUGUUGUUUAUCUCAAACCACUACACUAAUGAACGAAUCAUUCCAUCCAGCAUCCUCCCACAGAAUAAAUCAAUUAGACAAUUUGUCAUACCGACAAGAUUUAUCCUUUCUACAACUGUGCCGAUGGGGUGCUUCCAAUUUAUCGGUCAUUUGACUAGUCACAAGGCAACAUCUGAUAUACCUGUGUCGCUCGUGCACACCAUCAAAGCAUUGAGUCCAUUGGUGACUGUGUUAGUGUAUCGAUUUAUCCUUAACAAACGUUACAAACUAAGAACCUACCUUACAUUGAUUCCACUUAGUGUGGGGAUUAUGAUGACUUGUUACAAACUGAAGAAAAAAUCUAUUCCAAGCACAUCGGGUCAAGUUGUAGCCCCAACAAACAACAGCAGCUACCUGACUGGGCUCAUAUUUGCAUUUAUUUCCAUGUUGAUCUUUGUUAGUCAAAAUAUGUUUGCCAAAAGCAAAUUAACACCAAAUACUGUAACACCACAAGAAUCGAAAUCGAUCCCCAUUUCGGAAAAGGGACGUAAAAAAUUGGACAACUUGACAAUCAUUUUCUAUUGUUCUAUAGUGGGAUUCUUAUUCACGUGUCCCAUCCACAUUGCUUCGGAAUUUUUCAACAAUACUUUUUCCCUAGCGCAAUUGGAUUUGACUAUAUUGUCGUUGGUGGUUAUAAAUGGGUUGGGCCAUUUCAUUCAAACCGUUAUUGCAUUUCAAAUUUUGGGACUAUUAUCACCCAUUGAUUAUUCAAUUGCAAAUAUUUUGAAAAGAAUAUUUAUUAUAUUGAUGUCGUUUCUUUGGGAAGCUAAGAACUUCACUCCUUUGCAAACAGCAGGGUUAUUCACAACCUUGAUUGGAUUGUAUAGUUACGAUAGGUGGGGAACACAACGCUAA